CCACAAGCAGCAGAGACUAAAACCAAAUGAACUCAGCUCAGUCAUAUGAGUUCUGGGCAGCAUUUAAACCUAACAUAUCAGAACAACAUGAAGAUUUUAUCUGUUUUUUUCCUUCUCUGUUGUGUUUCAUCUACAGUGGAACACUCCGUGGAAUUUUUCAUCACCGCAUCUUAUGGACUUCCAGGUUUUCCAGAGUUUGUGGCUGCUGCUGUGGUUGAUGGAAUUGAGUUUGCACAUUGUGAUAAUAAGACAUUACAGUUUCAUGAAUGGACAAGAGAAUUCACAAACAACUACCAAGACCGCCUGAAGUUGUUUUCAGAGGAAUGUUUGAUUGGUGCGGACCUCUUUAGGGCUUCUAUUUCUGACAUCAUGCAACUCUUCAACCAAAGUGAAGGUGUGCACAUUUUGCAGUCGAUUAGUGGCUGUGAGUGGGAUGAAGAGACUGGAGGGAAUGCUAAUUUAGCAAAGACUGGCUAUAAUGGAGAGGACUUCCUAACAUUGGACCUACAGACGCAGACAUGGACUGCUCUAAAACCUGAGGCCCUCCCUUUAAAGCUCAGAGGGGAAGCUGACAAAGCUGCAUUAUAUUUUAUGAAUCAAAUCUACAACCACGACUGCCCCACUGGGCUGAAGGAGACGGUGACCAGUGGGGGAAAGUUUCUGCAGAGAAAAGUGCUUCCCUCAGUGUCUCUCCUCCAGAAGUCUCCCUCCUCUCCAGUUAGCUGCUUCGCCACAGGUUUCUACCCUGACAGAGCUGCGAUGUUCUGGAGGAAAGAUGGAGAGGAGCUUUAUGAGGGUGUGGACCACGGAGAAAUCCUCUCAAACAAUGAUCAAACCUACCAGAUGAGUGCUGACCUGAACAUUUCAUCAGUGAAACCUGGAGACUGGAGGAGGUAUGAGUGUGUGUUUCAGCUCUCUGGAGUGAAGGAGGACAUCAUCACCAGACUGGACAAAUCAAUGAUCAGAAGCAACAGCGUUCCAGAUUCUCCUCCUCGGUUUCCUGUUGUUAUUGGAGUUGCUGCAGGACUGCUGCUCCUGUCAGUCUGCAUCACUGGAUUCAUCAUGUGGAGAAAAAAGAAAAAUGGGUUGCAGGCUGUUCAGCGGGAACAGGAUAAUCCAGAGACGGUGCUGGACUCCAGCCUGUGAGGAGUCAAUAAAACUACCAAGAUAAUUUAGACUGUAAUUUUAUAAAUAAAAUCUAAGUACAACCAUUACUAUUUUAUGAAAGUUACUACAGAAUAAAAGAGAAGUCAAGUUCAGGAGCUGGAGUGAUCUGAGACGACAGCAAAAAGUCAGCUAGAAGUACCAGCUUAUAGAGAUAAUGUGAUAAUAUCUGACUUUAAAUCAGCAUGUUGGAAAUGAGGUUGUUUAAAUUGUAGAUUUUAGAUGACUGUAAAGUGUGUGAGUUUUCUGAAAACCUUUUAUUGUUAGUCUUUGAGCCUCUGUUGGCAGACCAAAAGAGCUCACAUUAUUGUAAAGUAUUUCCCCUGGAGGGCGUCAACAUCUGUGGAUCAAAGUUCCUCUAUUAGAGGUCAGUCUUACCUUCAACUGUUUAUUUCCUCCUCAGAUUAAACAGGUGUGUUAUUGUUCUAGACACUAGCAGGUCAAUGAUAAAAACACUGUUCUUAAAGGAAGAGAGAUUUAUGAAAACAAAUAAGCUGUCUGAAAAAGAACAGAAUUUUCCAUUUUUAAUUAUGGCAUAAAUAAAGAAAACAUUAUGAAAGGUCUUUUAUUUAUUAUAAUUUUUAUUAUUUAUUAUUGUUUAAAUGUCUGUCUUCAUCAUGUUUACUGUUAUUAUUACUGUUGUUGUUUUGUGUUUUUAAUACAAUUUCCUUCACUCAGACUGAGCUGAGCUUUAUUUUGAAAGUUCUUUUUAUCUAAUUCAUGUGCAGUAAUGAGGUCACUGGGUAAUAAGAGUGGGUCUGUUAUUUCUGACAAAUGUGUCUGUUUUGUUUGAAACUAAAUCUUUGAUCAUUUCUGUGCUGUCGUCUUAGUUUGUUUUAGUUAGCAUCUAAGAAUGAAAUUUGUUUCUAUGUUGGUUAAUGUGCUCUGUUGUCCCUCAAUAAAUUCAGUUU